CGUCAUCGUCCUCAGCUACCCAGUUCCCAGAGGUGAACUGAAAGCUGUUUGAAGAACAGAGGACCUCAACAUACUGAAUUAAUUGGCUUCAAGAUAAAUGGAACAGAAUGCUACUAUUCAGGAGGUGGAGGGUUUAAGAAAUGGCCUUGGGGUGGUGCGAUCAGUUUUGGAUAAGCACCAUGAACUUUUGAGGCCAUCUGCUCGACACGUUUCAGUUGUUAAAGGGCUGUCAACGGAAGUUUUGGAUGAUGCAAAAGGGAAGUAUACACUGCUUAGAGAUGCAGAAGUUGGCCAAUUGGGAAUGUACGACAAACCUCUCCCUUGCUUUGGCUGUGGGAUAGGAUGGUUUUCGUUUUUACUUGGAUUUGCAUUCCCGUUGAUGUGGUACUAUGCCACGAUUCUCUACUUUGGGAACUAUUAUCGCAAGGAUCCAAGGGAGCGAGCAGGCCUUGCUGCUUCUGCAAUUGCGGCCUUGGUAUGUUCAAUAGUGGUGUUGAUCACAGUAGCUGUUCUUAUAUUCUGAUCAUUGUGGCUCUUAAGUUGUCAUCUGUACAUUUUCACGUGGAGGGAGGCUUCGGGAAAGACCCCAAAGUCAUGACGGUCAUCUUAUGAUCU